AUGGCGAAUCGGGAGGAGGACCAACUAUUGCAAGAUGCGUCGACUUUGUUGAUGUUUGCAAAUGUGGCGGCACAACAACAGCUGAAUCAAAACUCACCAACACUGGCGGCAGUAUCCCCAUCGAUGAAUAUCGCAAAAGCUUCCGAAUCACAACAACCAUUUACACAAUUUUCCCCGCCUCUACAGCCACAAGUCAUUGAGCUAAAGGAACCGUUUAGAGCACAGCCAUAUUAUCCGCCGCCGCCGCCGCCGCCGCCGCAGCAGCAGCAGUUGUACUUCAAACAACGCCCAGUGCCUUUUGCACACACUUGUUCAGCAAAACUCCCACCUUAUGGUGCAUUUGCUUCUGCUUCUCUCAAUGCAGAGCAAAGACAACAAGCAGAGAGCUUAUCUAGAAGCAGUUCAGGCUCUAUAACCCAUGGAGAGGUUAUCAGCAUGCAAAUACAGCCAGCGCAUGAAAGUCAGCCGCAGCAGGUUCUGUUAGCUGAAGUGAAGCCACAAAUAGAAUUGCAAAUACAGAGGAAACCUGUAAAGAGAAACCCGGUGAGCAUAUUGAUGAAUGAGAAUGACCUCGAACUUGAAGCACAAGAAAACCAAAAUGUACCACCACCAGCAACAACAGCAACAACAACAACAACAACAACAACAACAACAACAACAAGAACCGAGCAAAUAGAACAAAAUGUACCACCACCAGCAACAACAACUGAGCAAAUAGAACAAAAUGUACCACCACCAGCAACAACAACAACUGAGCAUAUAGAACAAAAUGUACCACCACCAGCAACAACAACAACUGAGCAAAUAGAACAAAAGGCGUUUACGCCUCCAUCAUCAUCUUCAUCAUCUUCAUCAUCUUCAUCUUCAUCUUCAUCAUCAUCAUCAUCAUCAUCAAAACCAAUUCAGAUUCCUGAAAAGAGUAUUUCAGCUUUAAUAUCUCAUCUGCCGAAAGCUUCUGUGGAAAAAUCCUUAUCGCCUGGCACACGAUACGAGAGAGGAAUUGAUGUUCGAGCAAGGGAAAGAGACUCUAAUAAUGCAGUUAUAGCCGCGGCUGCGUUAACAGUAGCUGCAGAUAUACCUUUCCCUUUGAAAACGGCCGAGGCGGGGCACCUGCAAACAAAACUCAAAUCAGAUGACCAUAAUGAUUCAUUAGUAAGUAAAGAUAGUGGUGGUGAGCCCAAAGAGGAAGAAACAACAAUUACUGAGACCGAUAAAGACGCCGCUUUAGCAAAAGAGUUUAAUGUUCCUCCUUUGUCGACUUAUCAAGUGGACACGAAUUCGGGUGUAAUUGGAUGUAUAUGUGGGAUAGAGGAUGAUGAUGGAUUUACUAUCCAGUGUGACAUAUGUUUUAGAUGGCAACAUUGUGUUUGUAUGGGUUACGAAAAUGGCGAUGAAGUGCCUGAGGAUGAAUAUAAAUGUUAUUAUUGCGAUCGUGAGAAAUGGGGCAAAUUUGACCCACUUGUUGCUCGAGAAAAGACUUUAGCAAGAUUGGAGAAUGAAAAGAUUGAGCAAGAAGAAAGAGGAGAGAAUAGCAGCAGCAACAACAACACUAACAACAAUAACACUAACAACAACAAUAAUAAUAAUAAUAUUAUUAACGAUAAUGUUAACAAUAAUGAUACUAUCAGUAAUGAGAAACUGGGAACAGAAAGAGCGCAGCUUGGAAAAGGCGCAGAGGUCAAUGCUCCGAGUUUGCCGAGUAAUAAACGGAAGCAGCUGAAUGUUGAAAAGGGCGAGAAGAAAAGAAAGUCUGAAGAUAAAGGAGUUGGUAAAGUUUCGCCCGCAUUCAAUACACAACAAACAUCAGAAACAAAACUGGAGGCUGAAGAAGUAGCAAAUAAAAAUAAUGAGUUGCUUGAGCAUGGUGUUACGGCUGAAGUUUACCAAUCUGUUUAUUACACUUUGAAAGAGAAUGACUAUAAGAGAAAGCACGUUAAAACAUUUGUUGCUAAUGCUGGUGUGGAGUUUAUGAACGAGUUUAUGCGUUUACCAAAAGCCGAGCAAUUAAAGCGAAAUUACCGAGGAGUUGAGGUUAUGUCUUUGAGUCAAUUUAAAAACUAUAAAUUAAGCAAGAUUGUCCAGCCGAGAUACUUGAAGUAUCUUCAAGACCACAAUAGAUUGACCAAAAAGAAAAACUUUAAUAAAACCAAAAUUGAGGUAAAGUCGUACACAGACAACUCGAAACAUAAGUUCAACGGUAUCUCCAAGUUAUCAUUAUUUAUCGCCACUACAGAUGAGUCAUUGACGAUCCCCGAAAACACUGCCAUUAUUGAGUAUCUCGGAGAAAUUGACUUUUUCAAAGAUUAUUGUCUCGAUAAUAUUAACCAAUACCCACUAUGGGGAACAACAAAGCCCAAAGUUUUGAAAACCAGCAUACCGGGUGAUAAUUCCUCUUCUCAUGCAAUAGUACUUGAUUCGAGGUUUGUUGGCAAUGAAAGCCGGUUUAUUCGAAAAUCAUGUUUUGCGUCAGCAAAUUGCAGAAUUCAGCGUGUUUAUAUACCUGAGCAAAACAAAUUCAAAUUUAUGGUUGUUACUUGUAAACCAAUUGUUUUAAAGGGAGAGAAUGCUGAUGAAGAGUUGAGACUACCCUGGGAUUGGGACUCGCAGCACCCCAUUUUGAAGUUAUACGAAAGUAAUAGUCUGGAGAAGUUUGAAAACUUGACCACUGAAGAAAAAUCAGCUUUGAUUACAUAUGUUGACAAUAUACUUCAUUUUGUAGAAUGUGGAUGUUCUACAAACUCAAAUUACAAUAAUUGUGCAAUAUUCAAGAUCAAGAAAGCUACUAGUUAUUUGAUGAGGUCAACUAGAAAGGCAUCAAGUAUAAGUAAUAUAAACUUGAGCAAAUCAAAAGAGGAGUUAGUUUCACCUAGACCAGACAAAAGAUAUGUUAGUUGGGAUGAUAGAAUGAAAGAACGUGAUCUUGAGCUACAGAACACACUACUUUGUAAAAAGAGAACUCCAUUAGUUGAAAAGGAGAAUGCAGUUGUUAAAUGUGAACUGGAGGCUGUAAAAGAAGAAAAAGAAGAAAAAAGAGAGCAAAAUGUAGAAAACAAACCAGAUGGAUUUUUCAAACACCCUUAUCAACAGGAAUUGAUUUUCGAGGCGCAAAAAGUAAGAAAGAUUGACAGUGACGUUUUAGCAAAUAGUCAAUUUAACAACAACGUCGACGACAACAAUAGCAAUAGCAAUAACAACAAUAAAAAUGAUGUUGUUGUUGAUGCUGAUGGUAAGCUCGAUAUAAUUCCAAUUCCAAUUGUACCACAAGUAGUUGCAAAGAUUGAACAGGAGUUGAAUGAGAAGUUGAUAAUAAACGAUAAAGGUUCCAGUGGACAUGGUAAAGCAACAAAUGAAUUUUUCGAGAAAAUUUUGAAUGACAAGACAAAUGUCUUGAAUAGCAAUGCAAUGAUAAAUCGCGAGAGUAUUAGUCGACAAAGCUCAACAACAAAGCUUGAUGAUAGUACGAUUGAUACUACUCCUAGAUCCGAAGUUUCUGUUACUGAGAUAAAGCCUAAACCGGUAAAGAAGUUAUCAUUUGCUGAUUAUAAGAAAAAAAUGAAAUAA